GGGGGUGCCCGGAUGUUGGCUGCUCCGCCCUGUGCUGCCGCUCUUCGCUCGCUCUUCUUCCCUCCCUCUCGGUGAGGCUGCGGGUCAGCGCGAGCCACUGCAGCGAAACGGUCGGCGGCAGCGCGAGCGGCGAGACUGAGCGGGCGCGGCGCAGGCGGCCACUGAGACCGGCACUCGGCGGAUCCAGCUGCGGGGAGACUCCCAACACCCACCCGCCACCAUGGGAAAUGAGGCAAGCUAUCCUUUGGAAAUGUGCUCGCACUUUGACGCAGAUGAGAUUAAACGGCUAGGAAAGAGAUUUAAGAAGCUUGAUUUAGACAACUCUGGUUCUUUGAGUGUGGAAGAGUUCAUGUCUUUGCCUGAGUUACAACAGAACCCAUUAGUACAGCGAGUAAUAGAUAUAUUUGACACAGAUGGGAAUGGAGAAGUGGACUUCAAAGAAUUUAUAGAAGGAGUCUCCCAGUUCAGUGUCAAAGGGGAUAAGGAACAGAAGUUGAGGUUUGCUUUCCGGAUUUAUGAUAUGGACAAGGAUGGCUAUAUCUCCAAUGGGGAGCUCUUCCAAGUGCUGAAGAUGAUGGUUGGGAACAAUCUCAAAGACACUCAGUUACAGCAAAUUGUAGACAAAACCAUAAUUAAUGCAGAUAAGGAUGGUGAUGGAAGAAUAUCCUUUGAAGAGUUCUGUGCUUCGCCACAGGCGGUUGGGGCGGCGGCGCGCGGUAUGUCGGGCGCGGGGCUGGAGAAGCCGCAGCUGAUCACGCACGUGCAGCAGUCGCUGAACUACACCGUGUUCGAGUGCAAAUGGGUCCCGUGCAGCGCGCGCCUGCUCUGCCUCGGCAGCGUCCCGCGCGGCACCGGCGUCAUCCAGCUCUACGAGCUGCAGAGCGGCCGCCUCAGCCUGCUGCGCGAGAUUGAAAAGGCCAAACCUAUUAAAUGUGGAACUUUUGGUGCUACAUCUCUACAGCAGAGAUAUCUAGCUACUGGGGACUUUGGUGGAAACCUUAAUAUAUGGAACUUGGAAGCUCCAGAGAUUCCAGUGUACUCUGUGAAGGGCCAUAAAGAAAUCAUAAAUAGUAUAGAUGGCGUAGGUGGCUUAGGGAUUGGAGAAGGAGCACCAGAAAUUGUGACUGGGAGCCGAGAUGGAACCGUGAAGGUGUGGGACCCAAGACAAAAAGAUACACCUGUUGCUAAUAUGGAACCAGUACAAGGCGAGAGCAAGAGAGACUGCUGGACAGUAGCAUUUGGCAAUGCCUACAAUCAAGAGGAGCGUGUUGUGUGUGCUGGCUAUGACAAUGGUGACAUUAAAUUAUUUGACCUAAAAAACAUGUCAUUGCGAUGGGAGACCAACAUUAAGAAUGGGGUUUGCAGCGUGGAGUUUGACAGGAAAGAUAUAAAUAUGAAUAAACUAGUGGCCACAUCGCUUGAAGGAAAGUUUCAUGUUUUUGAUAUGAGAACUCAGCAUCCAACCAAAGGUUUUGCUUCCAUUUCAGAGAAGGCUCACAAAUCCACCAUGUGGCAAGUUCGGCACCUGCCACAGAACAGGGAUAUCUUUAUCACUAGUGGAGGAGCUGGGAGCCUUCAUCUCUGGAAAUAUGAGUACCCCGCUCAGCGCUCAAAGAAGGAUUCUGAAGGAGUUGAGAUGGGGGUUGCAGGUUCAGUCAGUCUCUUACAGAAUGUGACUUUGUCAACACAGCCCAUUUCUAGCCUUGACUGGAGCCCUGACAAAAGGGGUCUGUGUGUCUGCAGUGCUUUUGACCAGACUGUGAGGGUGCUGAUAGUUACGAAGCUCAACAAGAUUUGACAAAAAGCUGAUUUUCAGGACAAAAGCGACAUAGUCUGAGGAGUGUAUAUAAAAGAGACUUUCUUAUUUAUAACUUGAAUGUCUCCUUUAACAAAGCUAGUUUAAAGAAUUAAAAGACAGAUCUUUCUAUUGAAAGUUCAGAUAAAUUGAGUUACAGUUAGUUGUUUGACUACAUACUGUGCUGCUGUUAGUUGGAAAAAGUUGCCUAGGCUUAACUUUUUUACCUUCGAAUGUAAAUUUACCUUUAAAAUAAAAUGUGCCUUCUGCUUAGUGUGUUUAAAAUAUCUGCAAGUUCAGAAGUUAUUUUAAACUGUAUCUUCUCAAUGUAAAUUGCUUUUUUCUUCAGUAGCACUAAUCUGUUCACUCUUGUUAAAUUGUUUGCUUUGUAUAUUUUUAUCAUACAUUUUUCCAUUCUUAGUUAAUGAGGGAAACUAUCCUAUGAUCCAUCCUAGAAAAUAUAUUGAAGGGACAGUAAAUUUCUCUGACCUUACCUGACCGUAUUUGGCAGAGUGUGUUUGUUACAGUGACUCAGAUUGCUUCAAUACAUUUAAACACUUAUUUAAAAACUGAGGAUUUUUAAACUGAGGAUUUCAGGUUUUAAGCAUGUUUAAUGAAUGACCCUUUUCAUGGAGAUGGUAUUGUAAUUAAGAUGUUCAACAAAAUGAGCAGUUUUUGUUAUGGAUCACUUUAUAUUUUUCUGUUCGUUUUUAAUUAAUUUGUUACACACUAUCCUACAAUAAAAAUGUGUCAUAUGUUA